AUGGCUACGCACGCAAACUACGAGGCGCACAUGCACCCGCACCCGCACCCGCCCAGCCUAGAGCAGGACACAUAUGCACCUGAGUUGGGGCAGACAACGGACCAACACACCACCUCCGCAGGCCCAAAUGAACCUGAAAACGGACAAGAGGGAACCCACGCAUCCAAUUCGGGUGCAGACCAAGGUGCGCAAAUACACACGGACAAAGCUACGUCUAUGCUGCUCGCCAAACCAGGCGAAGAUGUCUACAAACACAUACACACACACGACAUCAGUUCACUAAGCAACGAUGCACAUCGCAAUACACAGAGCAGAGUCAACGACAGCCCACACUACAAUGAAGACACCCACCCCACCACAAGUACUCUCAUGAGCACACACACACAUGAUGGCACUCUCAUGGGCACACACACCGAUGACGACACAAAUGCACAAACAGAUCUACAACCUCACGCCCACGCCCACACCCACCCUCACCCACACAUACACGCAGACUCACAGGUUCAUACGCACACGGCUGUGCAGCCCCAGGCUCACUCAGACACGCACACGCUGCCACAGACAGACAUUGAUAUUAACACACAACCAGACGAACCAGAGCGACAUACAAACACUAGUAACGUACCAAUGGAAUACACAACACACACACAUGGGCAGCAGCACAAUGCCACACCACCACAGAACAACCCACACCACACAGCCAUGGCCACAUCACAGGCCAACGCACAGUACGCUGCCAUGGCAACGGCACCGCUGGCCGACGCAGGCGACAGUGCGGGUGGCGAUGGGGUCUCUCGAAGGGCUGAGAAUGGCCAGUACGCAGAAGCCAUGACUGCACCAGCAUCAUCCACUGCAUACCAG